AUGUCGAACAUGGACAGGUUUACCAUCCAUUCCCAGCUGCAGCAUUUGCAGAGCAAAUAUCCUGGCACUGGGAAUGCAGACACCACGCGGCUGGACUGGGGCAUAAACAUUCAGCGUGACACACUGGCGUCUCACGUGGGCCACUACAGCAGGCUGGCCUACUUCGCUGUGGCCGAGAACGAAAGCAUCCGGCGCAUUCGCUACAGGUGCCUGAAUCAAAUGGUGUGUCCCACACUUAGGGCGGACAGCACAGAGGAAGAGAAAGCUGCGCCUUCCGGGGAGGCGGCGAAGGACGCAGCAGCAGAAGCAGAGGCAACAAAAGAAGCAGCAGCAGCAACAGCAGCAGCAAAAGAGACAGAGGAAGAAGAAAAGGCAGAAGUAAAGGAAGAAAAAGACCAAGACGCCGACAUGGCCAUGGAAGAGGGAGAUGACCUGUAG